AUGUCUGAAAAUGAGGAUUAUCGAAAAUUUCUAGAGGCCAGCGGCUAUAUUCAACAAUUUACAGCGAAUUUGUUAAGGAGAAAUGAGGCUAAACCUCCGGAAAUUUCUGGAAAUCUCUCAAAUAUCAAUCAACUGAUCGAUUUGGUGAAGCAAUUAAUCCAAGAACAAAGGAAUUUGACGCAAAAAGUGGAUGCAGUGAAUUCAGGACAACGGAAUAUCAAUUCGCUAAUUAAGGAGAAAUUAGGGGACCCCAAUCUCCCCUCAACGUCAUCUGCCUUCCCAUCAAGCUAUCGUCUAAACCAGCAGCUGGAUUCAGAUUUACAACAAAAUUUCAAUUUGGAAUUAAUUCUGGGCCAAAUCAAGUCCAGCACCACAAGCUCCGCCCACUUUGAUCACUAUGAAAAUGUGAAUAAUUAUUCGAAUUUUUUCGAUUCCUCUUCGCUGGAUUCGUCGCCGAAUUCCAAGAAAAAUGGCGCCGGGAAAUGCAAAAAACGACAAAUCGACACUCAAUUUUCGCAUUUGGGACCUUAUCAUUUUAGAAUUUGA